CAUUGUCAUCACCCAGUCUUCCCCGCUCCAUUCAACUGUAGCCAUCUCCCCUCUUAUCAUCAUCGAACAUGAAAGCAAUCAUUCAGCGUGUUAUCUCGGCUUCCGUGACGGUGGACGGCCAGGUUGUCUCCUCCAUCUCGAACGGCAUCCUAGUUUUUGCAGCUAUCGCCCCUAACGACACUCUGAAGGACAUCGAUACUCUUGCCAACCGCAUUCUCAAGCUCAAAGUAUGGGACGACAACGACGGUGGUAGCAACGGCCGGUGGAAAAACUCGGUCAUCGACAUGAAAUACCAGAUUCUCCUUGUGCCCCAGUUCACGCUGCUCGCCAACACAAAGAAGGGUAACAAGCCAGACUUCCAUGGGGCAUGUCCGUCGCAGAUGGCGAAGGAUAUGUACACGUCGCUGCUGGAGAAGACAAGGGAGCUGUAUAUCAAGGAUAGACAGCUACCCAGCGAGGAAGGGAUCAAGUGGGUUCAGGAUGGUGUGUUUGGGGCCAUGAUGCAAGUAGCAUUGAUCAACGACGGACCGGUAACUCUCGAGAUCAACACCCCUUCGCCACAGCAGCAAUCAACGAACAGCACGGAGAAGGGCAGUGGGGAAGGGUCACAGAAGGGCAGUGCGAAGGGAACACCGAAAGAGAAGGGGGCACCGAAGGGAAGAGAAACGCCAACAACUGAGGCACUUGGAGCGGGGACAUCACCUUUGGCUGAAGCAGUUACCGCCAAAAUUGAAGGAUGUUGAUACAAGUCUAUCGCAACACCCCAUCUAGAUGUAGCCUUACAUGAUAUCCCCGCUAUUUUAGCAGCUUCAGCCUUCAGCCUUCACUAUCAACUCUCGACUCUCGAGAGUUAAACACCACAAGAAUGCAGCCCCGACAAAUGCAUGAACCUCAAGAGUUCCCCACAUCUCACAGACCAGUGACCACAUUUUGUUUCAUGUAUUUGUGGCAGUCGGUAUGAGUAAGAUACAUUGUGUUUGGAUGCUGAGGACUGAUCAGUGGUCCACUGAUCACUGGUAAAAUGAUGGGGUGAGCGACAGGGGCUAAUCACUAGAAAGUCACUUAGCCCAACC